GGAGGCCGUUGCAGAACAUUCAGCAAUUCGUCCACGGUCGUCCUCUUUUGUCUCAGACCAGCCGUGGGAGGAACUCACAGCUCUCGCUGGGGAGUUUGUUACGGCUCAAGCUUUGUGUGUUCAUCUUGCCAGAGAUGGAGCAGCCAGUGACCAGUGAUGCUGAGAAGUUCUUGGCCCUGAAGUGGCUCCACCGGAUUCUGAUGUACUUGCACUUGCAUUAUGACAUGGAGAUGCCCGAAAGGACUCCGCAAAAUGGCUUGAGAGCCACGGAGAUGGAGAAUGCAUGGCCGGACUUGCGUCGUUGCGACUGCCCUGAGUGCAGGCCAGCACCACACUACGAAGACAUCGAUGAUCUCAAUCUUCAGGAUUACCAGGUGAAGAAGGGACGGAAUCAGAAGUGGGAGACGAAUGCUCGGGAGAAGGCAAAAAGGACUCGACGCCUGAAUUUACGGGCGCCAGUCGAUGGCAGGGCCUUUGACCUGGAGCGUGGACGAAAGUUACCCGUACUGUUCUCCAAGCCGAAAUCGCGGAAGCAUGAGACGUCCUUCUUGAAGCAGGAUCUGAGAGAUCUCCACGACUUUCAAGGGCACGUGCGGACGACAUACCGUUCUGAUCCAACAGCACCUCCGGAGGAGGAUGACAUUUGGGUGGAGAUAAAGUACAAAAUCGUCAGCACCCCAUGUGAAGAAAGUGGCUUUGAUGACCACUACGAGGCUUGCAAGGGCCGCAAUCGCAAGUAUGAUACGGCAAGAAGGAACCAUCGCAGAUAUCGGCGCACACCAGUCGCUUUCCGUGCUAUGAGGGCGUCUUAUUCUGCUCGCAGCGCACGGAAGUUGCCGACAGCUUGUCGCCGGCAUCACGUGGAGCAGGCUUUGCACAGGAAACUCCGGAAAAAUUGGAAGUUCCUACUCAUGAAGCAGGAGCUCCAGGAGCUCUACUGAAAGGGUAAGAUGUACUUGAAUUCCCAGCGUACAGUGCAGGUUUUGCCCCUAGCGCUGGCCAUCUGAAGCAAGUGUACAGAGCAGGCAUUCAGCGGCCAUGUCGCAAGGGGGGGGAGUCCCCCAAGUGGAAAAGCCCUUAGCUUGUGCAGUGCGGAAAGAACGUGUAGCUUCUCAUAUUCCGCCUGAAGAGAUUGCCCGCCGUUGUUCCAAACCAACAGUGAUAUCCCGUGUGGCA